GCAAUUUUGUUAUUCAAUAUUUUAGGUUAUGUAGAUAUUAUUGUUAGCAAGUGGGGGUUUUAAUCAGAGAAUUUUUAUUGAAAUGUGAAGUUUUACGUAGUAGACAAACAUGAUUGAAAAUCAUGAAGCUGACAGCUUUUUACAUUAUGACCAAAUGUCUCUAUUGGACAUUGAAAUAUGCCGGCCAUAGGAUUUUAAACUGAACUAAGUUACCUGCAGCCAGAAAGUGAAUUAAAAAGUAUACUGCCAUGAGUUUUACCAAAGAGCUAGUCUGUCUAUGGCUAGCCAAUGUCAAGCUGUCACGUAUUAUCGUUUUGGUAACUCUCGCUCUGGUUUUAGUGCCAUUAUUCACUCAUUAUUACCUAUCAAAUGUAGAAAGAGAUGCUCCUAUGGGUGACAUCCAUAGGACGCGUUCAAAAUUGGAAACUUAUGAGGAUUUUAGCGCAAUGAAAGCAUCCGAUCUGCGUAUGAGGAUUGAGGAAAUGCUUAGGAUAAAAGGUUCGGUGAGUAGUGAGUUAAGGGAUCUUGAGAGUAAAAGACAGAGACUACAAACAGCGGUUGCCUCUUUCACACAGAAAAUAGAUCAGCUCAACAUGGAAUUGCUUCAUCAACAGAAUGAACUGGACCGUGUUAAGUUGUCUGUCCAACAGGCGCAAAUGGCCUACCUUGAAGCGCGCCAACGAAACACACCAGACCUCUCACCGCCCCUCCCACUCCUGGCUUUGGCUCCGCCCACCCACUACACGCCCCCAUCAGCUGACCACGCCCCCUGUCAGCUGAGCACCUGCUUCGACUUCAGCCGCUGUUCGCUCACCUCCGGUCUGCCCGUCUACCUGUACGACGUCGAUCGGUUCGCCGGGGUCUCGCCAUUUCUGAAGACGGCCGUCCGGCAGACGGUCGGCUACAAUCCGCAUAUCACCUACAAUGCUGACGAGGCGUGUCUGUACCUGGUGCUGGUGGGAGAAGGGGACAGUGAGGUUAAGUGGGGGGAACUGGAGAGGUUGCCGUAUUGGGGCGGUGAUGGUCGCAACCACAUCCUGCUGAACUUCGCCCGUCGCAACCUCUCCUCGUUCGCCUCCCUGCCUCUGACCGCCACGCACAAGUCUCGCGCCCUCGUAGCUCAGUCAUCACACCUGCGUGCCCACUUCAGGCGGGGCUUUGACGUGGUCCUGCCCCCUGCCCUGGGUGCGCCCGGUGGUGGUGUUUGGGAGGAGGCGGCACCCCAACUGCCGGCCAGGAGGCGGCUGCUCAUCUCCUUCCAGGGGGGCCGCAGGGUGGGGGCUGGUAGAGGGGGGACCCCGGCCAAAGAGGGCAAUGAUGACGAGGAUAUGGCGGCUGGUGGAAGUGGGGAUAGUUUGGAGGAUAUUGAAAAGUUCCUAACGUGGUCGACAUCGGAUGAGUUUCUUCUUGAGACGAAUUGUGCCACAACUGACGAAGCAGAUGCUAACGAGUGGCAGCUAUGCGGUUCAGAGGGAAGCAGGUCAGAAGUUCUGAAAGCAUCGACGUUUGUGUUGAUUCCUGCACCAGCCAAUAGCAGCUAUGUGAGCAGCAGUCUGAUGUUGGCCCGCCUCUAUGAAGCCCUGCAGAAUGGAGCCAUCCCUGUGCUAGUGGGCGGCGACCAGUUCAGUGUCGUGCUGCCUUAUUCGGAGGUGAUCCACUGGAAGAAGGCGGUGAUCCACUUGCCGGCCGCGCGACUGCCAGAGCUGCACUUCCUGCUACGUGCGUUCGGCGACGCGGACAUCCUGGUGAUGCGACGCCAAGGCCGGCUGCUGUGGGAACGAUACAUGGCAACGUUGCAAGCCAUCAUAGACACGGUCAUUGCCACGGUCAGGGAUAGGCUGGGGUUGCCGCCUCGCCCAAGGCAGGAUACGUCGGCCAUCUUGAUCGAGCAUGAGUCUUAUCCGGUGAAACCAGACGCAAUAGUGGAGCCGGAAGAGAGCCUGGGUCCCCUGGAGCCCCCCUACCCGUCCCCUGCCUUCCGACGCAACUUCUCGCUGUUCGUGACGCAGGGCUACGAGAUGUGGAACGAGGGGGGUGGCGACCCCUUUCACCUGUACCCCUUUCUGCCGCUAGACCCCCUGCUGCCCUCAGAUGCCAAGUUCCUCGGGUCGGGGGUGGGGUUCAGGCCAAUCGGCGGCGGGGCGGGGGGUGCCGGCAAGGAGUUCUGCGACAGUUUGGGGGGCAAUAGCCCCAGGGAACAGUUCACCAUUGUGAUGCUGACCUACCAGCGCGAUCAGGUUCUGAUGAAUUCGUUGUCGAGGUUGCAGGGGUUGCCCUAUUUGAAUAAGGUAAUUGUCGUGUGGAACUCUCCCAGACUACCAUUGGCUGAUUUACAUUGGCCUGACAUUGGAGUACCUGUUCAUGUAGUGAAGGCCAGUACAAAUAGUUUGAAUAAUCGUUUUGUGCCAUACGAAACAGUAGAAACUGAAGCUGUUUUAUCAGUAGACGACGAUGCACAUCUGAGACAUGACGAAAUUAUGUUUGGAUUCAGAGUUUGGAGAGAACAACGUGAUAGAGUGGUUGGAUUCCCCGGACGUUUCCAUGCGUUAGAUCUCAACUAUGGUGGUUGGUUGUAUAAUUCCAAUUACUCAUGCGAACUGUCCAUGGUUUUAACUGGUGCAGCUUUUAUACAUAAGUAUUAUAUGUAUAUGUACACUUACCAUCUCCCUCAAGCCAUAAGGGACAAAGUAGACGAAUACAUGAAUUGUGAAGAUAUAGCCAUGAACUUUCUUGUAUCACAUAUCACAAGAAAACCUCCAGUCAAGGUUACCUCAAGAUGGACUUUCCGUUGUCCAGGAUGUCCCGUUUCGUUAUCAGAAGAUGACACACAUUUUCAGGAAAGGCAUAAGUGUAUAAAUUUCUUUACCCAGGUAUUUGGGUAUACGCCAUUAUUAAACACCCAAUUCCGAGCUGAUUCAGUCCUGUUCAAAACUCGAAUACCACACGACAAGCAGAAGUGUUUCAAAUUUAUCUAGAACACAACUGAAAUAAGAACAAACUAACUUAAUUUUAAUUUCAGACAUAUAAUUUGUCGAAAAAAUAAGUUUUGGGCAGCCGUUUUAGGUAGCUAUGCAUACAUUUUAGCUUUAGACAAAUAAUUUGUCGAAAGAUGAGUUUUUGGCAGCCGUUUUAGGUAGCUAUGCAUUCAUUUUAAUAAUAUUUUUAGAAAUUAAUAAAUUUGAGACUUUGAAAGAUAUACGUUUUUACAAACGCUCCAGGUAUCAUGGUGUAUGUUUUAAUCAACUCUGAUAAGAAGGAUUAGUUAUCCUAUUAGCUGUUAUGCAGGCAUCUUAUGUAGCUAUGUAUUUUUAAAAAAUAUUCAUGAAUUCAAGAUACUAAAGAAGUUUUUAUAUUUUGGAGGUUGUAGAUAACAAUGUACUCAACUUUAAAAGAAAUCGACUCAUACAAUUUUAUUAGAUUUUCUAUUUUGUAGUUGUUUUAGGUAGCUAUCUAUUCAUUUUCAUAAUUUUUUAAUGUGAUUACCAAACUUUUUCAACUGUAAGCUAAGUUUCUACAUUUAGCUGAGCUUAUGUAAUUUACGUAUUUGAAAGUCACAAUUAAGCCAUAAUUUUACAGCUAUGCUGUAGCCUAAUAACCUUACGAUGUAAGUUAUUCUAAAAUUUUAUCAAUUUUACAGAAAUUCUGUAGUUUACCUUUGUGUUAGUUAUUUUUAAUAAAUUUGACAUCAAAAUAGUUUUUAAAAGUAAUUGUAGAACGUAAUUAUAUUCUUGAUCUUUGAUAUUAUGUUCUAUUUUAGUAGUUUAUAACAAAACAUUGCUGGUGAAAAGAUAGGAUAUCCUACAACCCUAAUACUUGGGUUUGGGAUCAGAUGAGGCACUUUUGAGCCUAAUACUUUAAAGAAGGGAUAAAUAAUGGAACAUUACCACAAGAGAUGGGUCAAAUUCAUUAGAAAAAGUAUCUUCGUUGUAUUUAGAUAUGUUGAAUUCUUCUUCUCUUUCUUCUACUUCUAAGUUUCUCAUGUUUUCUUUUUUCCUAAUCCUCUUUUUCAGCUCUUCCUACCGUAUCUUAUCAUCUUCUUCUCUCUAUUCUCCUUCAUCUUCCUUUUACUAUCUUUCCAAACUUAUACAAUUUUCUUCAACAAAUUUUUCAUCAUCGAUCUUCAUUUAACUUCUAUUACAAGUUGUGGUAUUGUUUAAAACAUUUUUAUGUCAUUACAAAAUCAAGGAUUCUGCUAUAAUGAAAGCGCGUUUCAAACCGGUUCGGUUUAAAAUUACAAGUAAGAUCUUAAGAUGUGGGAUCUUACGCAAAUUAAAUAAAUUACUUUGAAUAUUGUAACAUUGUCUAUUUCUAAAACAUUAGAGAAACUAGUUUCGGUUGCUUCACCAUUAUCAAUCUAAAUUGAAAACUCUGAACUGAGUUUAGAGUGAAAUUUUUCAACUGAUAGAGUGAAACUAUCUGAAGUUUAGAGUGGAACUUCUAAACUGAGUUUAAACUGAUAAUGGUUUAGAAUUGAUUACAGUUAAUGAUGUGGGGGAUUUGGGGUUUCAAUUUUGUGUUGUGACAACCGGUUGUCAAUAUUACUUCAUUGAGAAAUUCCAACUCAAAUCCACAACAAAUAGCUAGAAAGUUCCAAAUUUUCAAUUUCUCAUCAAUUGUAUAUUUUUAACGAGGGUUUAAAAAUCAAACAAGGAUUGACGAUUAUUGCCUGAUAACCGGUUGUCAAUAUUAGGUACUUCAUUGGGCCGUUAUGUUGGAAAUUUAUGUUUAAUUAUGCUUCUUUUAUCUUGUUUGUAACACAUUUUUUCUUAGUCUGUAUUGUUGGUGGUAUUUAUGCAACGGUUUGUAGGGCAGUCUUAUUAAAUUAUUUGAAUCAAUAGAUUUAAUGGUACAUAAUAGAUUGAAGUGUCCUAGAAAAGGGCCCUAAUUUUUAUAGGAUAGUUCUACUAUUUGUGUUUCAUUACAACAUUUUUACUGAUCAAAGUAAUAAUAUUGAAACAUCCCUGUAUUCAUAGGGAUGAAUUGGGUAAGACGAAUUAAUUAAGAUGGGUUCCGAGCAAACUAUUGAGUAGUUUCUAUUAUAUUUAUAUAUUUUUGGGGGAAAAUACUACUUGUAAUAAUUGUCUCUUUCCUGUAAAGGGUUACUUUUAAUAUAAAUGAAAAUCUUAGUACCCUUUUUUGAAUUAUUUUAUCACUAAUAAUAAAAAAUAAUUCAAAAAAGGGUACUAAGAUUUUUAUUUUUAUUUAUACUUGUAAUAAUUACUGUAGUUGAAAAUAUGAAAACCAAUGAAAGAAUUUCUUAGUUUUAAUCUAGACACUGUGUUUCCAAAUAAAUAUUUAAAAAAACAUUCUUACUUUAUAAUGAGAAAUGAGGAAUCCAUUUAUUUUGCUCGUAGGGAGUAGCUUCAUCGACCUGAGACUGUGGAAGCACAGUGUCUAUAGUGAGGUGAGGUCCACGUUAUAAUGGCAGUGUUUUAUUAGCAAUGGUAUAUUGCUUUCCUUCUCUAUCAUUCAUCAAAGCAGAUUGCGCUACCUCUUUCUCACUUUGAUCUGUUGCCAGAUCGUCUUUUAACAAUGUAGAAUUAAUAAUUAAUUAACAAAAUAUUCCAUCUUCAUUAUGAAAUUAUUGAAAAAUUUAAUUUCUUGCUUAAUAAAAUAUAAUUGAUUAUUUAAAAUGAGAAUGAACAGUUAAUAUUACAUCAAUAAACCUGUAUCAGCUACCGUCUAUAGAAGGCAUUGACAAGACAGAGGAUCGGCAACGUUGCUGUCCUAUUUAUUUAUUCAUUUACAAUGCAAAUGACACUAAUGCAAUAACAUUAUAGAAGAUAAAAUAAUAAAGUAACCCUUUUGCUAUUUUUCUUCCAAAUUUAUAGGUACUGUAACAAAGUCCAAGAUAAGGUUAGAAUUUCACGUGUACAAUUUUUAUAAAAUUUUAGUCCAAAAUAAACAUGAAAACUAUAAAUUUUGAAUUUAGAUGACUUGAAUUAUCUUUCUCCACUGCCAUUAUAACGUGCACUCUGCAUUAUGGCUUCUAUCUCCACUAUAGAUUACAACUAUAAAGAGGUCCACGUUAUAAUGGCAGUGUGUGAUUUGCAAUGGUUUUGCUAUCCUUGUCUAUUGUUCAACAAAGCAGAUGGCGCUAUCUCACGCAUUGCGAUGUUGCCACCUCGUUUAUCAAUAAUGUAGAAAUUCAACUAAUUGACAAAAUGUUUAAUCUCUAUUAUGAAAAUUUAUUAUUACAUAUUUAAAAAAUAUAUUUUCUUGACAAAUAGAAUAUGACUAACUAUUUUCAACAAUAAUGAACAGUUGAAUUCAUCAGAUAUACCAGUAUCAGCUGUUUGGGUGGCAAGGCUGAGAUCAAAAAUUAUUGAAAAGUUUAAUUUCUUGCUUAAUAAAAUAUAAUUGAUUAUUUAAAAUGAGAAUGAACAGUUAAUAUUACAUCAAUAAACAUGUAUAAGCUACCGUCUAUAGAAGGCAUUGACAAGACAGAGGAUCGGCAACGUUGCUGUCCUAUCUUUCUCCACUGCCAUUAUAACGUGGACUCCACUAUAGAUUACAACUAUAAAGAGGUCCACGUUAUAAUGGCAGUGUGUGAUUUGCAAUGGUGUUGCUAUCCUUGUUUAUCGUUCAACAAAGCAGAUGGCGCUAUCUCUUUCACGCAAUGCGAUGUUGCCACAUCGUUUAUCAACAAUGUAGAAAUUCAACUUGUUGACAUAAUAUUUUAUCUCAAUCAUGAAAAUUCAUUAUUACAUAUUUAAAAAAUAUAUUUCUUGACAAAUAGAAUAUGACUUACUAUUUUCAACAAUAAUGAACAGUUGAAUUCAUCAGAUAUACCAGUAUCAGCUGUUUGGGUGGCAAAGCUGAGAUCUGGCAAUCCUUUUCUCCUAUCUUCCUACACUGCCAUUAUUACGUCGUGACCUCACUAUAGUAUAAGUUAUUAUAAAGUAUUUCGUCUUGGAAAACAAUAUCAAAGAAUUUCUCUUCCACAUUUAGUUGUAUACUUGUAUCCAUAUUGGGCUGAAACUAUGUAAUUUAGUUGUUUAUUAUGGCGAGAUGAAACUUUAGUGACAUUCACUUUGAACUGUCAGCAUUCAUAUAUAUUUAACAUCGAUACUUUCCAUUCUACCAAUGCUGACAGUCUGGAGUAAAUCUCGCUACUAUACCACUAUUGGUCUGUUUACGUAACAAUAAAUGCCAUACGAAUAUAUAUUAUUAUUUAGUUAUUAUCUGUGAUUUUAUGUUUAGACUAUACUCAUAUUAUUGUAAGGUGCUUAUUUUAAAAUUAAUCUUUAUUUUAUUCCUGAUAACUUAUUUUAACUUAACAUAGUGUUAUUCGAUCAACUAUUUUAUCAUCUGUGUAAUGAUUGGAUUUAAAUAGAAAAUGUAACUUUAUUUGAUCAACUGAAGAGGUUCUCUUCGAUUGUAACCAGCAGCGUUGUAUACUGUAUUCAAGUGUUGUGAAAAAUAUAAUUGAAAUUUUGAACUUGUA